GUGAGUAGGAAAAGAGCGUAUUUUAUUGUAUUUCUUCGUUCUUACAUUCUUGCAUUCAUUUUCAAUUCCCUAAUAAAAAUCCGCCCCAUAAUCAUAUCAUCGUUUCCAACACCACCGUCCGCCUUUCUCCUACCCCUUCCUUUUCCCCCUUUUUUUUUUCCAUUUUAUUUUCCUAUUUAUUCUGAUUGGUUUCUCUCGAAUUUUCAUCAUCGGUUAUAUGGGUUGUUGCCCUUCUUGUUGAUGCAACCAAAAGAUUACCCAGAAAGAAGAAAAAAUUAAAACUAAAAAGAGCUGCAGCUUCAGAUAAGGUUCAUUGAAUUUUUUUCCCAUUCCAUUUGUAAAAUAAAUCGAGGAUUAAUAAUGGGUUUCAUCCGCUGAGGAAGAAAGAUCUGUUUUUUUGAUCGGACCCUUUGAAUCCAUCAUCCCGAUUAUAGCUUUUUAGUUUUAUUUAUUUAUUUGUUUCUGUGGUGGGUUGGUUGGCAGCUGCUUCAGGUACGAUCCAUUUCUCCCAUUCUUUCAUUCAAUGUUUGAUGUUUUGUUUAGUUUGAAAUUUCAUGUUGUCCGAUGAUCGGUUCUAGUAGUUGGGCUGAUUUCCUUUUCUAUAUGUUUGCUUAAUUUUUUGGUUGGUUUAGUUGAAGUUUUUGUGAUUGACCCUUUUCUUUACUUUAUUCUAUGAUAUUUACUUAGUAUUGCGCGAUUUUGUUGGCUUAUGAAUGACAUGGAGUUUGAUUGUGCUGAAAUAAUGGAAAGAAGAAACUCUAGAGAUUUUUUUUUUUCUGGAUGGAUAGAGAUAAUGACGGAAUUCUUUGUACUGCAUUUAAUUGUCAUGCUACUUUUGAGCUGAAAAUUUCAUUGUCCUAGAGAAGGGGAUGUUUGAUUUGGAAGCUUUAUUGGUCCGGUCUUAACAUUGAUAUUUUUGUCGAAGCUUUAUGUUCAGGACAUUUCACUUCUGUAAUGUGCAUUUGGAUUGCCCUUUUGGAAACUUGACUGGAGAAAAGUAGGGUUCUUGUUGGAUUUUCCCCAAGCAUUAACUAAUGUGGAAGAAUGUUUGAAUGUCCUUUGUGGGGGCCUGUAAAAAUCCAAUCAUUAUCGGAGUAUUAUCACCAUUUAUUCAUUACAGUAUCCGCUCAUCGUUUUUACACGAAGCCAUGGGGGUUUGCGAGAUCAACUCAAAUUUGAUCCUUUUUGGAAACUAGAGUUAAGAAAAGUAGGCUCCUUGAUGGUUGUUGCUAAGUUGUAAUUAGAGCUAUUUGCGUCGUGUGGGCUUGUUGAAAGUGUCCUUUCGUGGCUUUCAGAAUCCAAUCUUUUGCACUGCGGCUGCUUUCAAUUAUUAGUUUAAGCAUUCUAUACAUGCCAGUUACUAUCUGUUCGACUUUCCUGUUUUUAUUUCCUCAUUUUUUCUGGCUGAUGAAGUUCCUUGCAGGAAAGGCCAAAGGGUAAUCAAGCUGACUCUGACUUGCAUGGGUGACGAUGCCAGAGCUGCAGAGCGGAGCACGGAGAUCUAAGCGGCUUACUGAUCUCCAGCCUGCCACACAACCUGCUAACCAAGAAGAAAAUUGGCUCGUGCAACCCACUCAGAAUAACAGAACCAGAAGAAGAGGAGGAAGAGGGAGAGGUAAUGCUGCAGCUGCUGUAAAAGGGCUUGCAGCAGCAGCAACAACUUCCAGGCCCGCGGGUAGAGGCCGGGGCGGGAUUCGGUUGAUAGAUUUAGAUCCAGAGCCACCCGUUAAGGCGGCCGUACCUCAAGCAGUCGUCGCCCCUGUUGGUGCUGGGGAAGCAGCUUUUAAUAGAGUAGAAGGGGCUGCUGAUAAAGAUAACGCAAUGGAGGGUGGAAGCGCCGACAAAAUUCUUGGAGCCGAAGAAGAAGGAAGCACCACUCCGGUACCUGAGAGGGUACAAGUGGGAAAUUCUCCUGCAUAUAAGACUGAAAGGAAGUUGGGCAAAGGUGGCUUCGGCCAAGUCUAUGUUGGCCGACGGGUUAGUGGAGGCUCUGAAAGAACAGGGCCUGAUGCAGUGGAGGUUGCACUGAAGUUUGAACACCGGAACAGUAAGGGCUGCAAUUAUGGCCCUCCUUACGAAUGGCAAGUUUACAACACCUUAAAUGGAUGUUAUGGGAUACCAUGGGUUCACUACAAGGGCCGUCAAGGAGAUUUUUACAUCCUGGUUAUGGACAUGCUCGGACCCAGUCUUUGGGACGUUUGGAAUUCCUUGGGCCAAUCGAUGUCACCAAGUAUGGUUGCCUGCAUUGCUGUGGAGGCAAUCUCUAUUCUUGAAAAGCUUCAUUUGAAAGGUUUUGUGCAUGGAGAUGUGAAGCCUGAGAACUUUUUACUAGGUCAACCUGGGAGUCCUGAUGAGAAGAAGCUAUAUCUCAUAGAUCUUGGUUUAGCUUCACGAUGGAAAGAUGCAUCAUCCGGCCACCAUGUUGACUAUGACCAGAGGCCAGACAUAUUCAGGGGAACCAUACGGUAUGCAAGUGUUCAUGCACAUUUAGGUCGAACUGGAAGCCGAAGGGAUGACCUUGAAUCUCUGGCUUACACACUGAUAUUCCUUAUAAAGGGAAGGUUACCAUGGCAAGGGUAUCAGGGUGACAACAAGAGUUUUCUUGUUUGCAAAAAGAAGAUGGCCACUUCCCCGGAUUUGAUGUGCUGUUUUUGCCCGGCCCCAUUCAAACAGUUUCUUGAAGCUGUGACGAAUAUGAAGUUUGACGAGGAGCCUAACUAUUCAAAGUUGAUAUCUUUCUUUGAUAGUCUUAUUGAACCAUGCACAAUAUUGAGACCAAUAAGAAUCGAUGGAGCUCUCAAGGUUGGGCAGAAGCGGGGAAGGCUUCUCAUUAACUUAGAAGAAGAUGAACAACCAAAGAAAAAAGUACGUCUCGGCAGCCCUGCGACACAGUGGAUCUCAGUCUAUAAUGCACGAAGACCUAUGAAGCAGCGAUACCACUAUAAUGUUGCUGACUCUAGACUUCGUCAGCAUGUGGACAAGGGCAAUGAAGAUGGUUUAUACAUUAGUUGUGUUGCUUCAGCUGCAAAUCUCUGGGCCCUCAUUAUGGAUGCAGGAACUGGCUUCUCUGCACAGGUUUACGAGCUUUCAGCCGUCUUCCUUCAUAAGGAUUGGAUCAUGGAACAGUGGGAGAAGAACUUCUAUAUCAGCUCAAUAGCUGGCGCUGCUAAUGGAAGUUCUUUAGUUGUUAUGUCAAAAGGAACUCCUUACACCCAACAGUCCUAUAAAGUGAGCGAAUCUUUUCCAUUCAAGUGGAUCAAUAAGAAGUGGAAGGAAGGCUUCCACGUCACGUCUAUGACCACUGCUGGCAGUCGCUGGGGGGUUGUCAUGUCCAGAAAUUCUGGAUUCUCUGAGCAGGUUGUGGAGCUCGAUUUCUUGUACCCUAGUGAAGGAAUUCACCGAAGAUGGGAAAGUGGCUACAGGAUAACAUCUAUGGCGGCCACUACUGACCAAGCAGCCUUUAUAUUGAGCAUUCCAAGGCGUAAAAUGGUGGAUGAGACUCAAGAGACGUUACGCACAUCUGCAUUUCCUAGUAACCAUGUAAAGGAGAAAUGGUCAAAAAAUCUGUACAUUGCAUCCAUUUGCUAUGGCCGAACUGUAUGUUGAAAAGGACGAGCCAGCCACCCCUGGAGGUGUUGUACUACUUUACCUCUGGGAAUUUUCUGGUCAUCCCCGGCCUAAUUGUUGUAAAUUUCACCUCUAUGCCCCGUGUAAGAUGGAGAAAAAAAGCGUGAAGGGGGGAAAAAGGGUAAAAAGAAAAGAAAGAAUGAAAAGAGAGGGCCAAUGGGAGCUUGUUUUGUCGAGAAAGAAACAAGUACUCGCCCUCUUAACUCAACCACAUCAUCAUAUUUGUUUUACUACUGGCUUUGUUGGGAAACCAAUGAGGUAAAAUUGUUGAGACUUCCAUUGGGAACCUCAAAAGACGAGUAAUUGUGACCAUGAUUAUAAAUUUUUGAAACCAUUAUUUUUGAUGAGUUUGCUAACUAUUUUUUAUUUAUGAUUUUUAUUUCGCGAUGACCUCUUUUCUGCCUGCCCUAUGAAGUUGUAAUGGUGGUAUCUAAUAACUUUAUGGUUGUAGGGUGUUUGCAGAACUGAAGGUUCAUUUGAAUCAAUUGAAUCUGUCUUUAUUUUGAACUUUGGUUGGAUUGAGUUUAUACAAAAAGUAGGUUUAGAUGCCAGUAGCCAGUAAGGAUCUCAUUUAGGUCGUUUUUUUUUUGUUUUUUGUUUUUUGUUUUUUGUUUUUUGUGGAUUCUUGUUGGAAAAUAUUAUGUUGGGUUUGAAAUUGUUUUCCACAAGAUGAAUGUAAUGUCCUUUUUGAGUCCCAAUCCUCGUCUACUCUUUUAUUUCCCCACUGGAUCUUUCUUUUCAUACAAUUUCGUGAGGGAUGUGAUGCCAACUGGGAAACAAUUUGUUAAAACUUGUUGUGAUGAGGAUUUUGCUCAAAUCAUGUGUACUUUUCUUU